AUGGAUUGCGAAGUUGAAUCCGACAUGCUAGGCGGAUUCUCACAAUCGAGCAGCCGAACUCCGCGCAAUAGAAGCGCCCCAAACCAAGCCCCACAAGAUACUGUCAAGCAAUUCUGGAACCAGUUUAAUACCAAGUAUCCUGGAAAGGUGCUCACUAUUCUGCCAGACAAUUCCUAUGCUCGCAGUAAAGCUUCACAGCAACCGAAUGACGCAAUACAGAGCUCGGCGGCCGUCAAAUCCUACGAGCAAGCUACGAGAGAAUGCGAAUUGGCCGUCGCGCGCAUAGUCAAGGAAUGCGAGCGAAUUAAUCAAAAAUAUACAGAUCCGCAUUUCGACAUUGAGUUUGAUCUCAAAACGGGAAAAAGAAAUUGUCUAGAUGGCCUGGGCGAGGAGAAUGUGGAUUUACGCCCUAGGGGUGAUAUCUUUGAGCACCCUCAAUUCUAUAUCAAUGGUCCAACAGCAGGUGAUGUGCGCCAGGGACGAGAUGGAGACUGUUGGCUCAUGGCUGCCUUGUGCACUAUGGGAAACAAGGAAGGCUUGAUUGACAGGAUAUGUGUCGCUCGAAAUGAGAAAGUUGGAGUGUACGGCUUCGUAUUUUAUCGAGACGGUGAAUGGCAACAAUGCAUCAUCGAUGAUAAGCUUUAUCUUCGCGCUGCCGACUAUGACGAAUCGAUCGAUGAACGUCUGGUUUGGGACGAUAUUAAUCGAAAGAAUACUGAGGAGGAGUAUCGCAAGGUGUGGCAAACAGGAUCCCGUGCCUUAUAUUUCGCACAGUGUUCGGAUGAAAAUGAAACGUGGCUACCAUUGCUAGAGAAAGCGUAUGCUAAGGCGCAUGGAGAAUAUUCGGCAAUUGAAGGUGGCUUUGUUGGAGAAGCAAUCGAAGACUUAACCGGCGGCGUAACAUCUGAGAUUCUAUCAACCAAUAUCUUGGAUAAGGAUCAAUUCUGGGAGGAAGAGCUGAUGAAUGUCAACAAACAAUUUCUGUUUGGUUGCGCAACUGGCAUAUUUUCCAAUUGGCUUGACCCAAAGUAUAAGGGCCCACCCAGAGACCGCAGGGGUAUCUCUGAGGGUCAUUCGUACUCGAUAAUGGAUGCGAGGGAAGCCAAUGGGGUCAGGUUACUACGCUUGAGAAAUCCUUGGGGGAAGAAGGAAUGGAGUGGCGCAUGGAGUGAUGGCGCUGAGGAAUGGACACCAGAGUGGAUGAAUUUACUGGGACACAAAUUUGGCAACGACGGAGUGUUCUGGAUUUCGUAUGAUGACCUUCUUAAGAAGUAUCAACACUUCGACCGAACUCGUCUUUUCGGACCUGAGUGGACGGUCACUCAACAAUGGACGAGCUUGAACGUGCCUUGGUCAGCAGAUUAUCAAAAGGAGAAAUUUGUGAUUGAUCUUUCACGUAGCAGUCCAGUUGUAAUUAUUUUAUCUCAACUCGAUACUCGCUAUUUUAGAGGACUGGAGGGUGAAUAUGACUUCACCCUGCAAUUCCGACUUGAAAAAGAAGGUGAAGAUGACUACAUUGUCCGAAGCAGUACUAAUUAUAUGAUGUCUCGCGCGGUGAACACCGACAUUACUCUCGACGCUGGCAAAUACUCCGUCUUGGUGAAAGUGACGGCCUACCGGCGCAAAAACGCAGAUGUACCCGAGGAUGUGAAGCUACGGGAGCAAACUAUUGAGAAAUUGAAGCAGCAACAUAUCCGAGAGAAGAAAAUGCAAGCUAGGAGAGAGAGGAUGGCAGAACGGGAACGGCUUCGACAAGCUGCAGAGACUGCCAAAAAGGCUUGUUCGCAUGGCGAAUUGCAUGAGCCAAUUGCCGUUUCGAACGGCAUAAAUGAGCAUGAUGAUUGUGGCAAGCAGACAAAUGGCUUCUAUCAUGAAAAGAUGAUAGAUCAUAACAUCAGCACCACAAAUGGAGCCAUAUCAAACCGCCAGGUUUCGGACGGUCCAAGCCUUAAGACGAGCUUCACGAAAAUACCAAACUCCGAUGAAGCAAUUGCCGAAAUGUUAGAAGACUUUGAAUUUGAUUCCGAUCUUGACAUGCCACCAGAAAACCCAGACUCGCCCCCUUUCUCUCUUCAGCUUCAGCUUCGUCUCCUUUCCCUCUCCUUCCGUCGUCUUCCAGUGCAGGCCACGGACAAGGGGGAGACAAUCACAACCCCUGGAACGCAGUACCCUCUGUUGAAGCUUCAGGUUGUGAAACCGGGAUGUUGCGGUGAGCGCGGUGAAGCUCCUUUGGAUCGUGACGACCCAGCUGUUUCGGCGACCUUUGAGAAGAGGACUUCUUGGCUGUGA